AUGCCGCCUCCCCGUAAACCCCGCGCCAACCAGCCCCAACCGCCGCCGCAGCCAUCCGACUACGAGACAGACGCGCCGCCUGCCGUCGACGUGCCCCUCCCACCUCGGCGGUCCAACGAGGAACUCAACCUCUCUGUCCUCCGUCGCAUAUAUCCAGAGGUCCGCGCUAUUGAGCACGUGACUCCCUAUGCAGCGCUGUAUACAUUUAGUCUCGAGACGCAGCAAUGGGAGAAGAUGGGCGUCGAGGGCACCCUCUUCAUUUGCCAACUGACGCCCUCACCCGUGGGUGCUGAGCGAUACUGCGCCAUCAUCCUCAACCGCCGCGGCCUCGACAAUUUCUACGAGGAACUCACCAGCAGUGAGAAGAUGGAGAUAUCUGAUCCCUAUGUCAUCAUCCAAGGCGAGCACGUGUACGGCAUAUGGAUUUUUGCCGACCCACCGCCUGCCUCGACGGCCAACUGCCGCGUCGAGACUGCCGCCAAGAUGAUGGACAUUGCUGACCGCGCAAAAGCGAGCCGAGAGGCAUUGGGGCCGCCUGCCAGUACCAUGGCUCGUCCUAUUGAGGCAGCUUUGUCUACGCCCAUGGGUCGCCAACUAUCCUUACGAGAGCUAUUCGGUCAGCAACGCGAGCAGGAUGCCGACUUUAGCAUUCACAACCACACCGGCCAUCCCAUGCCGAGCAGCCACUACCCACCACAAGGCUACAUGUCAAAUCCAGCUCCAGCGCAAUCAGAUGUGCUAGGCCAGCUGUUUAGCAAGGCGAAGCAGAAUCACAACGGACUGGGCUGA